AGUAGGAUUUGGUCAUUGAAUUUUGCUUGCCCGGCUUACGAUUUCCCGUUGCAGCUUGUUCCAGCUCAGGUGUCCCUUUUCGAUCACCUCACUGCUAAUUCCUCUGCCUUUCAAAGAUUUGGUUUUUCUUCCUCUGCAUCACCCGAACCCAAUGAGAAAGAGAAUAAUAACACCGAGGCAUCGAACUCCAGUGAAGGUGCUGUUGAUAAAGAUUCCGAGACAGGGAAAGCUACAACCGAGACAGAAGAAUCAGAUUCAGAGACCGACGCUGAUGAUUUGUCGAGGGAUGAUUUGGUGAAACUCGUGGCUGAGAAGGAGGAGCUUCUAAAGACCAAGCACCAAGAGCUUGGACAGAUGAAAGACAAAGUUCUUCGCACUUACGCAGAGAUGGAAAAUGUCAUGGACAGGACAAGACGGGAAGCCGAAAACUCCAAAAAGUAUGCUAUACAGAAUUUCGCAAAGAGUCUUUUGGAUGUGGCAGAUAAUCUUGGAAGAGCUUCUUCGGUUGUCAAAGAUAGUUUCUCAAAGAUUGACACUUCGAAAGAUUCGGCUGGGGCUGCUCCGCUGUUAAAAACCCUUCUAGAAGGGGUGGAGAUGACUGAGAAACAGCUAGCCGAGGUAUUCAAGAAAUUUGGUCUGGAGAAGUAUGAUCCUUUGAACGAGCCAUUUGAUCCGAACAGGCAUAACGCCGUGUUCCAAGUCCCGGAUGCCUCGAAGCCUGAAGGCAUAGUUGGGUCAUUCCA